AUGCGCAGCUCCGUCUCCGCCAUCUCGCACAGCUCCACCUGCGCGGCGGUGCGGCGCAUAUCCGCCGCAGUCCCCGCCAGCGUCGCCGCCUUUGCGCGCAGCGUGGCGUUGGUGGCCUGGUUCUGCGCGUCGCGCUCCAUGAACGCCUCGAGGUCGACGUGCUGUGCAUCCAGCACCUCGCGCAUCGACGCGUUCUCGCUGCGCAGCUUCUCCAGCGCCGCCUGGAGGGCGGAGAUGUCAUCGCGGCAUGUGUCGCGCUCCUGA